CUUUUACGUCACAGUGGAAAAGGCAAGACUCGGGAACACAUCGAAUUACAGGAAACACCUGCUUCCGAGUUAAACUCUGAAGGUAUGCGUUAGUAUCAUCGUUGCGGUGUUCAUUCUAUAUGGUGCAUAAACCGUGACUAAAAGAGGAGAUGUAGGAGGAGGAGGAGGAGGAGGAGGAAGAGGAAACGUUCGAGCAGUCUUUACAGAAACGGGAGGCGGCAAUCUCGUGCAUUUUUAUUAUCCAACCUAUUCGAUAUUAUAAUCUUAAGAAGUUAAUUCACGUAUGACAAAUUAAUUGAAUUAUUCGAGCCUUGUCGUUUAAAUCGGACAUCUUUCUUCCUUCCUUCCUUCCACCUUAACCCCCUUCCUCCCUCUCUCUCUCUCUCUCUGUCUCUCUCUUUCUCUCACAUACAUUUACCAAAUCUUUUCCGGCAAAUUUAAUAGUGCGUGACACACGUGCACGCGUGUACGUCGGAUCAUCAUACAAACAGGGGUGUGUGUGACAUCAUCGAAUAUUUCAUAAGUUUUCUUCUUCCGGUGUCUAUUGGAUGACGUAAACCAAUUGUUAUUUAGUUGUUUUGUUUGUGAUAAACUAUCUGUCAACUCGUUCCGUACGAAUAAUUAUCUUUUGUGGGAGAGAUCGUAAUCAAGAAACAAGAAGGAUGCUGUGAAAGAAAGAAAGAGAGAGAGAGAGAGAGAGAGACAAAUAACCGGCCGUCAUGGAUAUUACGAGUACAAAGCUGGUGCAAUGGUUCAACGAACUCAGAUCUCGUAUAUACCUUUACUUGCACGAUCAGAACAGGCCAAUAAGAGCGGAAAAUGGGGAAUCACAAGGUGAAGAUCCAUCCUCCCACCCAUACGAUGAUGGAGAUGAUAGAGUGGUUUUUGUCAAUGCACCUCAUCAACCAGUCAAAUAUAAAAAUAAUCACAUCACCACGGCCAAAUAUUCCAUACUUUCUUUCAUACCCAUGUUCCUUUUUGAACAAUUUCGUCGAUAUAGUAAUUGUUUCUUCCUCUUCAUUGCAAUUAUGCAGCAAAUACCAGAUGUAUCACCAACAGGACGUUACACAACUUUGGUCCCAUUGAUAUUCAUUUUGAGUGUUUCAGCAUUAAAAGAAAUCGUUGAAGAUAUUAAAAGGCAUAGAGCAGAUGAUGAGAUUAAUAUGCGAGAAGUAGAAGUUUUACGAGAUGGACGAUGGCAAUGGAUUCAAUGGCGUAACAUUGCUGUUGGAGAUGUUGUUAAGGUCCACAACAACAAUUUCUUCCCUGCUGAUUUGAUCUUGUUAUCAUCAUCAGAGCCACAGGGUAUGUCGUUCAUAGAAACAGCCAAUUUGGAUGGAGAAACAAAUUUGAAAAUUAGACAAGCACACACUGAUACAGCUAUUCUUUUGGAUACAGUUGAAUUAAUGAAUUUUCGUGCUAAUAUACAAUGUGAACCACCUAAUAGACACUUAUACGAAUUUCAUGGUGUUCUUCGAGAAACUAACAAACAGAGUGUAGCUUUAGGACCUGAUCAAUUAUUAUUGCGAGGGGCUAUGUUAAGAAAUACAAAAUGGAUAUUUGGUGUGGUAAUAUACACCGGCCAUGAUACUAAACUUAUGCAAAAUAAUACAUCAACUGCACCAUUGAAAAGAUCUACGUUAGAUCGACUGACUAAUACACAAAUUCUCAUGUUAUUCUUUAUGUUACUUUUGUUGUGCCUUCUUUCUGCAAUAUUCAAUGUUAUAUGGACAAAUGCAAAUAGUACAGGACUUUGGUAUUUGGGUUUAAAUGAGGAGAUGACAAAGAACUUCAUUUUUAAUCUUCUAACAUUCAUCAUACUGUUCAACAACUUGAUUCCAAUUUCACUGCAAGUUACAUUAGAAGUAGUUAGAUUUGUUCAAGCAACGUUUAUUAACAUGGAUAUUGAAAUGUAUCAUGCUGAAUCUGAUACACCAGCAAUGGCUCGUACAAGUAAUCUCAAUGAAGAACUUGGAAUGGUUAAUUAUGUGUUCACAGAUAAAACUGGUACACUUACGAGAAAUGUUAUGGAAUUUAAAAGAUGUUCUGUUGGUGGCAGAUUAUAUGACCUUCCCAUUCCACCAAAUGGUAAUAUCGAUAGUCCAGGUGCUAGUAAUAGUGAAUUAGUUAAAGAUAUUCUUGAAGGAAGGGCAAACAAAGGUUCAUCUCGUCCUGCUGAUAAAAAGAAAUAUAAUCAUGCAUCCAUAUUGCAUGAUUUUAUGAUAAUGUUGUCAGUUUGUCAUACAGUCAUUCCUGAAAAAAUAGAUGACAAUAUAAUUUAUCAUGCAGCAUCACCAGAUGAACGAGCACUAGUUGAUGGCGCACGUAAAUAUAAUUAUAUAUUCGAUACUAGAACACCUGCAUACGUGGAAAUAAUCGCCUUAGGUGAAAGAUUAAGAUAUGAAAUAUUAAACGUAAUAGAAUUUACGUCAGCUAGAAAAAGAAUGUCUGUAAUAGUUAAAACGCCAACAGGACAAAUUAAACUUUUAUGUAAAGGAGCUGAUUCUGUAAUUUAUGAAAGAUUAAAUCCAAAAUCACCGGAUGAUACUGAAUCAGAAGAUGAUUUUCGUGAAGCAACUUUGGAACAUUUAGAAACGUUUGCAACAGAUGGUUUAAGAACUCUUUGUUUUGCUUCUACCGAAGUACCUGAAAAUUUGUAUCAGAGAUGGCGUGACACUUAUCAUAAUGCAUCAAUCAGCAUGACAAAUCGUGAAAGUAAACUCGAUCAUGCAGCAGAUCUCAUUGAAAACAAUUUAACUUUAUUAGGUGCAACAGCCAUUGAAGAUCAAUUACAAGAUGAAGUUCCAGAAACAAUACAAGCUUUACUUCGAGCUGAUAUUAAUGUUUGGGUGUUGACUGGUGAUAAACAAGAAACAGCAAUCAAUAUUGGUUAUUCUUGCAGAUUAAUCACACAUGGAAUGCCUUUAUAUAUCAUCAAUGAAUCUUCAUUAGAUAAAACAAGAGAAGUUAUUACACAACGCUGCCAAGAUUUUGGGGUUGAUUUGAAACGACAGAAUGAAGUUGCUUUGAUAAUUGAUGGAAAUACUUUGGAUUUUGCAUUGUCGUGCGAUAUUAGAAUGGAUUUUUUAGAUUUAUGUUCGGCAUGCAAGGUUGUUAUUUGUUGUAGAGUUUCACCGAUGCAAAAAGCCGAGGUUGUUGAUCUCAUAACAAAUAAUAAGAAAGCUGUGACACUUGCAAUUGGUGAUGGUGCAAAUGAUGUAGCAAUGAUUCAGAAAGCUCACAUAGGCGUUGGAAUAUCUGGUGUGGAGGGUUUACAAGCAGCCUGUGCAUCCGAUUAUUCCAUCGCACAAUUUCGUUUUUUGAAACGUUUAUUAUUCGUUCAUGGUUCUUGGAAUUACAGUAGAAUGUGUAAAUUAAUUCUAUAUUCGUUUUAUAAAAAUAUAUGUUUAUAUGUGAUUGAGUUAUGGUUUGCUAUAUAUUCUGGCUGGUCCGGACAAAUACUUUUUGAGAGAUGGUCUAUUGGUCUUUAUAAUGUUGUAUUUACGGCUGCACCUCCAUUGGCUAUGGGUCUUUUUGAUAAAGUUUGUUCAGCAGAAACACACUUAGCUCAUCCAGGAUUGUAUGCAACCAAAAAUACUGGAGAAUCAUCAUUUAAUAUUAAAGUAUUUUGGGUAUGGAUAAUAAAUGCCUUAAUUCAUUCAUCUUUACUUUAUUGGUUACCACUCAUGGCUCUCAAACAAGACGUCGUAUGGUCUCAUGGUAGAGAUGGGGGUUAUCUUUUGUUAGGAAAUUUCGUUUAUACUUAUGUUGUAGUAACAGUUUGUGGUAAAGCUGGAUUAAUAAUAAAUUCAUGGACAUGGGUCACUCAUGCAGCAACGUGGGGAUCUAUUAUACUUUGGUUCUUAUUUAUUCUAAUUUACAGUAAUUUUUGGCCUGUAUUAAAUGUUGGAGCUGUCAUGCUGGGUAAUGACAGAAUGUUGUUCACAUCACCUGUAUUUUGGUUAGGUCUUAUACUUAUUCCAUCUGCAGUAUUGCUUCUUGAUGUUACUGUAAAAGCAGUGAAGAAUACAGUGUGGAAAUCAGUUACAGCAGCAGCAAGAGAAAAUGAAAUUAGAAAAUCCGAUCCUGGUGAUAUAUUCAAUGGUCAAGAUUACAGGAGUUCAUUGACGGAGACAGCGAGGCUUCUGAAAAAUGUUAAAAGUGUUUUCACCAGACGAUCUCAUGCCACUUCAAGGGCAAAUGUCGAGGUGGAAUUAUCACAUGGAUUCGCAUUCUCUCAAGAGGAAGGAGGAUCAGUGACACAGACCGAUGUGAUCAGAGCUUAUGAUACAAAUCUUCCAAAACCAGGCGGCAUGUAAUCUUAAAUUAAAAAAAAAAAAAAAAAAAAAAAUGUGUAGUUUAGUAAAAAGAAAACAACUAAACGACUUAUCGACUAAACAAAAUACUUUCUUUUUCUAAAAAAAAAAA